CACUACUGUUUAUAUAUGUUGAUGGAUGACAAUGUAGUGGAAGUUUGACCUUUGUUAUUGAGCUGAACAGGCCUGACACCACAUCAAAAAUAACAGUAGUUGAGGAUGAUGUUUCUAUAACAACAUGGGACUCCGAAGGGGUGUGAGACUCUGUUUGGUUGGUCGAGGAUGGAAGCGUAUCCUUCUGUACAGUGUGGGUUGUCUUAUCGCAGUAGCUGUACUAUCUCAGUUUGUCAUAGUGAUGAUGUAUGGCGCAGCAAGCUGCUCCAACCAGGAAUCUCAAAGGCUACUGAAGUUGCUGUGUCUGGCGUAUAAGCAAGGCUCUGUCAUCGGAACCCUGUGUGCCGAUCUUUGUGUGCAACACAGAAUGACUUUCAUCAAGUGCCUAAAUUUCAAGGGUGGAAAAAUUAUUCUUCUCAUGAAUUCGGGUUCCACAAAAGUAGUUCUGAAAACAAAAGAAGUUGUUGUGCCAUAUUCAAAGACUUUACGCCAUGUCUUGGGAAUUCCUGAGGGAGAGGAUCAGCAGAAGGUGAUAUACCCUGAAUGGGAAACAUUCCGCAAUAUGGUGAUUGAGGAGUUAAAAAUAACAAUAGGCUAUACAGGAAGUCAAAAGCAAAACAGAAACAUCUUAAGGGACAUCUGGGGGAUCAAUCCCGAAAACUAUAACUCACUCAGUCAGAAUCCAGAACUGUCCAAAAUUGCAACUAUGGACACAAUAUGGAGUCUGGUGCAACAAACAGAAUUUAUGGUUAUGAAAUUGAACCAAGACUGGAGUUUCAUUCCGGAAAUUCUGGGAACAUGUGGAAGAUUUUACGCGAUGGAAUUUGUGGAAACAUCUUCUCUGCUGGAAAGGCGGAUUUUAAUGAAACAUGAUUCUCCAUGGUUACAGAGGGUUGAUGUUUCUAUGCAACUGUUGAAACUGGUUCAGGACAUGAAUAGUUCUCUUUUUGCGGAACCUUUGCACAUGUGUGACGUCAAGUUGGAAAACUUCGGUAUUUCCAAAUCUGGACAGCUUAAAGCCAUUGAUGUAGACAUGUUCUUCAAGGAAAGGAAAAUGGCUAAUGAAAUUAUGUCUGUGCAUAAUUGCUCAAGUCAUUAUGAUUGUGAUUUCUUUGAUUGCAAAGGUUGGUGCAAUGUGAAAACACGAGACUGUCUACAGACACGGGUCAACAAUAACUUACAGAGUGUCUGUGAAAAGAUUUUGGUCAGUACAUUGCGCAAUGGCUACAAUGGACUGCUCCAAAGUCCUCCCCUCUCCAUUUCGACUGGUUUGAGCAGAGUGUUGAAUGAUUGUGUGCACCCAGCAAACAGCCUCAGCUCUGACGUGCCUGGAAAAGCUGAAAAGGAUCUGCUAGAACAGCUGAUAACACUGUUAAAGAGUACACUACAAUCCUGAAGCACUACAUUCUACAUUUACACUACAUUCCUGCCAGUUAAGCAGUUAAUCUAGCUAUUUCAGGUGCGUGGAAAGUUGUAGAAAAUACACGUGAAGAUAAUAGGAGUCUGACAUUUUUACAUUUAUGAAAGAGUUGGGUAAUUUUAUCAACUUUCAAUAUGGAUUUAACAGAUGUGCACUGCAGAUUAUUUAAAUUAGGAUGCCUGUGAUAUACCUGGUGAAGGAUGGGUAAUUGUUGAUUAUAUUAUAAAAUGUAUGUUGAUUUUAUAUUAUAAAAAGCAAAUUGAAGUGCGAAGGUACCUGAUUACCUGUCUCAUUGCAGAAGUUACUACCACAAAUGUGAUAUUUGUUCUCCUUGGGAUUUCUAGUUUGUGCUGUGCUUUAAUUAAAAUGCCCAAAUUUCUGUCUUUCAUGUCAUAAUCUGUAUUAACAGAAAGCUUAAUUAAACCUUAUCUGCCGUUUCCUGUUAUCAUGUGGCAAGUGCGUAUUUACGAGUGUGUUGGAUUUUACAGUUAUAUGUGUGUACGUAUGUGUUGUGUGUAUACAUUUGGAUAUACAAUGUAUGUAUAUAUUUUUGAUAUCACAUGUUGUGGAGAUUAACAAGUUAAUGAUUAAUUGUUGAUAUCCUUAUAUGGAUAAUAUCUUAUAUUUUGGAAGACUGUUUUUCAUUUGUGU